CUCCCGCGCGCCCUCCUCGCGGCCGACCGCGCGCCACCUCAGACCUCCCGGCUCCUCGGCGGUGCAGGCGAUAAGAUGUCGGUUCCAGGACCUUACCAGGCAGCCCCCGGGCCCUCCUCGGCGCCAACCGCACCCCCGUCCUACGAAGAGACGGUGGCCGUUAAUGGCUACUACCCAACGCCUCCUGCGCCCGUGCCUGGGCCGACCACGGGGCUGGUGGCCGGCCCGGAUGGGAAGGGCAUGAGUCCGCCUUCCUAUUACACCCAGCCCGUGCCCGUCCCCAACGCCAACGCAAUUGCCGUGCAGACCGUCUACGUGCAGCAGCCCGUGACCUUCUUCGACCGUCCGGUCCAGAUGUGCUGCCCGUCGUGCAGCAAGAUGAUCGUGACCCAGCUGUCCUACAACGCUGGCGCCCUCACCUGGCUCUCCUGCGGGAGCCUGUGCCUGCUGGGGUGCGUGGCCGGCUGCUGCUUCAUCCCCUUCUGCGUGGACGCCCUGCAGGACGUGGACCACUACUGUCCCAACUGCAAAGCCCUCCUGGGCACCUACAAGCGCUUGUAGGACUCGGGCACCCUGGAGAGCGGGCGCCGCGCUGCAGGAGGCCACCCCGGGAGAGGCCGCCCGGCCUCCUCUCCGCGAGUCCACCUUUGAUUCUUCUUUUGGGGGGAAAACAUCACAAAGUCCAGAUCUCYAGACCCAUAAACUGCUGCUUGGAGUCCGCCCAGGACAGGCAAAGACGGUGACCUGGAGCUGGCCGUCCCAGGGAGCCCGCGACCCCAGGUCGGCCCGGAGGGCUGUGGCCGCCCGCCGUCCCUGGGCGACCUGCCACCGGCUGGCUCCUCCUCCUGCCUCAGUGGCCUUUCUGGUGGUGGCUCCGACUCCGAAGCCCCGCCUGCCUUACCUGAGAGACUGUCCUGCCCGCUGCGUGCCCAGUGCCCAGGGCCUCCCCUCCCCAGGACAGGAUCUUGCCUUACGACUUCAUGGGCUUGGCUUUUAGGUUCCGUGAUCGCAGACUCCUUGCCAUCAACUCACUUUAAUCCCUGGGUUUUUUUUUGUUGUUGUUGUUAAGUGCAAGGAAAGGCCAUUGGCGCCCACCAGGCACACCGCGAGGCCCCAGAUGCAAAAUAAAAGAAAAACGAGGCUUUC